AUGAAUUCCAACUGCUCUGUGCUUCUCGCUUAUUCAUCUUCUAUCCCAUUGAAGCUGUCAAUCUCGUAUAGCCUCUUGUUCUCAUGCAUCGGUCUGCCCCUAUUCAUGUGGGCCUCCGUGAAACUGUGGACUGGUUUCUACACCAGACGUUUCCAUCGCAACUUCCGGCUCAUCAUCCAGGUGCAUCUAUUCGGAUUCAUGUUGCAUUGCAGUGGACGGAUUGUACUUCACUCGCUGGAUUUGUUCAAUUACAUCUUUUUGCAACCAUGUGAUAUGAUUCCGAAUAUUUAUCGGUGA